GUUUCGUUAGGAUCGUCCCUCUGAGCCACCGUAGCAAUGAUAAACAUUGACAAGCAGCUGUUCCGUUAGUAUUAUGUUACAGAGCUCACGUGUACGAUAUUACUGCGUGGAGUGCAUCCGAGUGUUGUAGAAUAAACCUACCCGUGGCUCUAAUAAAGCGAUGGAUCCCGUCAUAAAAAUCAACCCGGGAGGAUCGAAAUGGGACAUUCGUCAGAAAGUUUGGGACUACAUAGAAGAAAAGAAUCUGGCAAACUUUCCGAGGCCCGUCCACAACAGAAUCCCAAAUUUCAAGGGUGCAGGUAAGGCAUGUUACAGCCUUGCAGGCCUGCAGGAGUUCAAGUCCAGCCAGACAGUCAAAGUUAACCCAGACAGACCCCAGCAGCAGGCACGCUUUAUCACCUUGGAAGCACGGAAAACUUUGUUGGUCCCAACUCCUCGUCUUCGUACAGGCCUUUUCAAUAGGAUUACUCCACCUGAAGGGGCUAGCAAAGAACAACUACGCAUAUGUUCUUCCUCUCAGGGUGUGAAAGACUUCAGUGUACCUGUUGGCCUGGAUGCAAAAAUUAAAAUUGACCUGAUGGUGGUUGGUUCUGUGGCGGUGUCGGAGAAAGGCUUUCGGAUUGGAAAAGGAGAAGGCUUUGCUGACUUGGAGUAUGGAAUGAUGGCUUCAAUGGGUGCCGUGAAUGAGUCUACUGUGGUGGUUACUGUUGUCCAUGACUGCCAGGUGAUGGACAUUCCAGAAGAUCUAAUGGGAAGUCAUGACCUGACUGUAGACUACAUCCUCACACCGACCAGAGUUAUUAAAACAGAUUGCCAGUUGCCUAAGCCACGUGGAAUCAUCUGGAAUAAGCUGGACACAGAAAAGCUGCAAAAGAUCCCCAUCCUGAAGAAGCUGCGUGCUCUUGAAGAACAAGCUGGAAAGGAUGUAACACUGGGGGCAGCGCCUGUUGCGGCAGAAGCUGGUCUGCACGCCAGUCAACCCAAAAGGCAAACCAGACGGAGGCUGAGGCCAAACACACAGCAGGAUGCUGAGGGAGAAUCCAGCCAGGACUCUAGACUGGAAAAAAGAAUAGCGGGAGAACCAAAAGCCAGACAGCAUCUGACUAGAAUGAAUAAAGAAAGCAGAGGAGACGGCAAGGCAGGUAACGGGCAAGAAAUUGGCAAGACAAUAAAGGGAAAAAGUAGAGGGAACACAAAGGAGCAGGUCCCAGAAGAGGGUGGGAAUGAAGUCAAAUCUCAGCGUAAGCUCCAUCUGAGUGUGACAACAGUUUAUCUGGGAGGAAUCCCUGCUGGGCUGCGUGUUAGUGAGCUGAAAACCGCCCUCCGAGAGAGGGAGGCCACUCCACUGAGACUCACCUGGCAGGGAGCUCAGCACAGGGCCUUCCUGGAUUACAGUGACCCCCACGCUGCAGAUCAGGCCCUGGAGGCUCUGCAGGGGCUCGCUCUCAAUGGUCACAGUCUGCAGGCUGAACUGGCCAAGAGCCAGCGAGGAGGCAGGAAAUCUGGACAAUCCAGUAGAAGACCAAAACCAGCAGCGGCUCCGAAGUCUGAAGUAUCAGCACCAGAUGCUAAGAGUGAUGCCACAGAAAAAACUGAGCAGUAAAAGCAGUAAGAAAUAUACCUAAUGUAAUGCUUAAGUUGUUUACAGUUUUGGAUAACUGCAAACACCAUAAAAGGAGUUGAUUGUUUUUUUUGCUUUAAAAAAAAAUAUGAACAAAAAUGUGAUUUAUUAGAAGAGAACACAUUUGAACCUAGCAGGCUUGACUAAAUAUUAACAACACCUGAAACUAUGAGAGUAGUGAACCUUGUGCUGAUUUGAAUCCAGACAAAUUCUAUAACGACUAAGAUUUUGCAAUAUGCUCUGUUAAGUGGGCUACAGGAGCUUUCUUUCUUUAAAUUUGUCCCAAUCGUUUUCUCUUCAAAGUGCCUUUAUCAGAGAUUCUUAGAAACACAACACUCAUUUUCUCUUUCAGUCUACAAACUGCAUGCAGUACUUUUGCUACCAUACAAUAAUUAAAAAAAAAAUUAAAAAGGCUAGUGCUUUUUUUAUUUAUUUUUUUUCCCCCUCAAAACUAGCUGUCAGUAUUAUCACAUCCAUGAUGUUGCCAGACCUGUUUGUCUGCAUCCUACUUGUUUAAAAAUGGGUUCGUUUUGUUCAAAAUGGCACCUGCGUGUGGCAAGUCACAACAUUUGAUCAUUUGAGUCACAAAACUGGGAGUAAAAUAUAACAUUUCAUCAUCUAACAAUAGUCUAGCCACGCAGGCUUCUACCUUUGACCAUUUUUGUCUUUUUCAUUGUCCAAAUUCAUCCAGAUUUACAGAACUUGUGAACAGACUCCAAGUGUUUAAAGUUUAAUGAACUUUAAUGAGACUACAGAAAUGUAAAGAGUUUACAAAUAACUGUGACUUAGUUGUGAUUUUCUUGACUUGAUUGAUUCUUGUACAUAACACGGGAUUAUUGGAUAGUCUCUACUACUGUAUGAUUUUCUUUUUUUUUUUUUUUUUUAACCAUGAAAAUCUAAAACGGGCAGAUUACAACGAUAAACAGGGGAAGAGCUAAAGGCCUCUAUUGCUGCUGUUCUGUUUUCUUUGUUUUUGUUUUGUUUUUUAGCUAGCGUUCAUUUUUACAGUUAUAUUUGCACCAUUAUAGUGACUAAAUACCAGUGAGAGUGUGAUGCUGCCCUCAAUAUUAGAUAAAUUUGCUUCACAUGACUUUACUUAUUUCUUCACUAAAGCGUUUGACUGUACCCGUUAACACUGAGUGUCUUUUUAUGAAAAACAAACAAAAAAGAAAAUUGAUGGAUUAUAAAUGUUCACAAGGUUUUGCAGAAUUUGGAGAUCCGAUUCUGAAGUUCCCCACCACCUCAAACCAUCGUUCUCGUGAAGAGGCAGAACUAUGUUGUUAGUGGUUAAAUAUGAUAUUUCAGGCCCGUUAUUGGAUUUUCAUAAAACUUGAUGUGUUUCACCCAGUUGUAACGUAUAAAAUGCCAGCUUGUAAACUUGAAAUAGUUUUAAGCUUAAAGAAAACUUUAAAAGAUUAAUUCAUUUUUGCAGAGUGACAUUUUUCUUAUUCUCUGUUUGGAAAAUGUGUCUGUUAACAUUACCUUCAAACUUCUGUAAACCCGAGUGCUAGAUAACCUGCCCAAUGACUCUAUUUUUUUCUUCUUCUGUUUACACCUGUCUCUGUAGCUGCACUGCCAUUACCUAAGAAAUUAACCCAUAGAUGUCCUGUUUUGCACUAAAGUCUUGGCAGGAUUGGGACACAAGCAGUGUGUCUGUCUGCACAGUACCAGGCCUCUGGCUUUUUAUGGAGCUGUCAUCCAGGCCUGGCCAGGGAACAGCUGUGGAACGCCAUCUCUCUCCCUCAGCCCUCCAGAGCACUGAACCUUGGCAAAUGUCAUCAGUUUGUUAAUGCUCUGUUCCACUGCUGUUAAGCCUGCUUACCCCUGUGCUCAAUGGCAUGCUCGUUUUACUGGGGUUCAGUCAGUGGUCAUGUGGUGAGAUUGCAAAGCGUAUCACUGUGGAGCAUGUUACAUCCCCUUGUAAAGAUGUAGUUGUACACACAAACAUCAGCAAACAUGACUUAACCGUCAAGAUUAAAGAAGAUA